CACAGCUUCCGUGUUUUUGUUUCUUGUCGCUAAUGUACAUGUGGGUCUACUGGAGAGACUUAAAUAAGAAACAGCAGGUCAGGCUGAGCUGAACUGAGUGGUGAGUAUGGAACCGGGCAGUAUGGAACCUGGCAGUAUGGGACCGGGCAGUAUGGAACCAGGCAGUAUGGAACCGGGCAGUAUGAAACCUGGCAGUAUGGAACCUGGCAGUAUGGAACCGGGCAGUAUGGAACCGGGCAGUAUGGAACCUGGCAGUAUGGAACCGGGCAGUAUGGAACCUGGCAGUAUGGAACCGGGCAGUAUGGAACCUGGCAGUAUGGAACCGGGCAGUAUGGAACCUGGCAGUAUGGAACCGGGCAGUAUGGAACCAGGCAGUAUGGAACCUGGCAGUAUGGAACCGGGCAGUAUGGAGCGCACCACCAGUAUGGAACCGGGCAGUAUGGAACCGGGCAGUAUGGAACCGGGCAGUAUGGAACCUGGCAGUAUGGAACCGGGCAGUAUGGAACCGGGCAGUGUGGAACCGACCAGUGAGCAACCAGACAGCGGUAUGGAACCUGGCAGUGUGGAACCGACCAGUAUGGAACCGCUGGAAACUACCAGGGUUGUGGAAUCGGCCAGCGGUGUGGAACCGGCCAGAGGUGUGGAACCGGCCAGUGUUGACAGUCUGAAGGUUCUGUAUCAGAGCUGUGACUACAUCAUAGUGGAUAAGCACUGGGACAUCCGCAUCGACAGCAAGAUGUGGUACGAGAAACACACGGUCCAGAAACAGCUGGGGCUGCGUUUCCCUGAGCUGGCCGACCCCGGGACGUACUAUGGGUUCAGGUUCUGUCACCAGCUGGACUACUCCACCAGUGGGGUUCUGUGUGUGGCUCUGAACAAGGCUGCUGCUGGCCGGGUCUACCACUGCUUUAAAGACCGCAGAGCUACCAAGGUCUACCUAGCACUGGUGAGAAGCUGGGUGGAGGAGGAGGAGAUGACUGUAGAUUUCUCCAUCGGUCAAAACACCACAGAGGGAAGAACACACAUGAUGUGUAUCCAAGGAACAGACGGUUGUGAGAAGCCCAAGCCCUGUCGGACACAGCUCACAGUGUUGGAGUACGGAGCUUAUGAUGGAGACCCUGUUACCAAGGUGCUGCUGCAACCUCUGACAGGUCGUACCCACCAGCUGAGGGUCCACUGUGAGGCGGUAGGUCACCCCAUCGUAGGAGACUACACCUACAGCCUGGGAGAAGACAGCGCCCCCUAUCGUAUGAUGCUGCACGCACACCUCCUACACCUCCCUCUGGAGCCUCUCCCCCUGCAGGCCGUCGCUCCUGACCCCUUCACCACGCCCACUGACCCCCGAUGGCGCCCGCAGCACUGCCUCCGGACUGUAGAGGGAGCCGUGGAGACCCUGCUGGAGCGCAGGGCGGCGGAGGAGAGGACGGAGCAGGAGGAGAAGAAGAGGCAGCAGGAGGAGAGGAGGAAGCAGCAGGAGGAGAGGAGGAGGAGGGGGAGAGAGGAGAGUGCGGAGCAGAGGAGGACGUGUCAGCAGUGGUUGUCUGAGUGGACUGAUGUCUGAAUUCUCCAUCCCUCCUCCUCUCUUCAUCCUCCAUCCCUCCUCCUCUCUUCAUCCCCAUCCCUUCUUCUUCUUCUAUCUU